AUGAAUAAAGUUGGUGACACAUUUCUUAAUAAUGGAAAGUACAUUUCAACAUUUCUCUUGAAGAAGCAGCCAGUCCAGAGACUUACACGCAGACAGAGACACGAUGACCGAGUUCAAACGGAUUAUAUUAUCUCCACUUCUUAUUCUGCUGCUCCAGUUUACAGGGGCUGCAACCGGACAGGAUUACCUCUCCUCUCUGUCAGAGUUGGAGAUGAAGUCACUUUGCCCUGUAACAAUGUGAUUCAGGAUCAGGAUGAGUGUGAUGGUACUACCUGGCUCUCUACAGGAAGCAGAGUAGAGCUGGUUAGACAUGGACAGAUUGGUAACCGUGCUCAUUCAGACAGACUGAGAGUCACAGAGACAUGUUCUCUGGUUAUAAAGAAGGUCACAAAGGAGGAUGCUGGUCGUUACUUCUGCAGACAGAUCAGAUCAGGAGAACAACAAGGUCCAGACUCUGAGGUUGACCUGUCUGUUGUUACCAUGACUGAGCAUCAGGACACUGAUGAGGUGACGUUACACUGCUCUGUGAAGAGUGAACGGUGUUUACACUCAGUGAAGUGGCUGUAUCAGGGUACAGAUGUGGAUAAAGAUAACAGAGAGAUGAGGACAUCAGAAUCUCCCUGUUAUGCUUCUGUUACAUUUCCGACUUCUCAUUAUGGUUACACAUCAAGGUCUAAUUUAUUUAGAUGUGCAGUAACAGCUAGUGGCAACGUGCAGACCUUCAGCCUUCAGUCUUCAGGUGAAGACGAUGGUGCUGCAAAAACAAAAACACCAACACCAACACCAACAACAACAACAAGUCAAAACAUCAAACAACCAGAUUGGUGGUUGUACUUGUUUUUGGCUUUGGUUCUCGUGGCACUUCUAAUAAUCAUCGUGGCUAUCAUCAGAUGGAGGAAAAUGAAAGGGAAAGAAGCACGGACUAAAGACAGUGUUGACCUGACCUCGAACUCUGCAAAGACUGCUCCAGAGACCAGUCAGGCCGAUCCUGAGGAUGGAGUUUCUUACGCCUCCGUCAGCUACACCAAGAAGACAAACAAAAAAGCUCAGGUUAAGGUUAAAAAAGACGUAGAUGAAGGUGACGCAGUGACUUACACCACUGUCAAAGCUUCCACCAUUGAUCCCAGCAGCCUCUACGCCACCAUCUACUAACCACGCUCGUGUCAUCAGAUCUUUUCUACUCCCUGUUAAUGAUUUUAUGGUAAUCUUCUGGAUGGAUUAUUGUAAAAACCUUCAUUUCUGUGUAUAGUUUGACUAGAGGUGCAAUAUAAAAAGAAAAAGAAGUGGGAAGUUAAACUGAGCAUGUUUGGGUGGUUGCUUCAUGCUUAAUAUAUUUAAAUUAGCUCAAUCUGUGACUGAAAUAUUUUUGGAUAGACUUCCUGUACCAUCUUUUUGUGCUCAGUGAUGGAUUUGCAGAUCUUAUGUAUUUACAUAUUGCUAUUUUUGCUAAAGUUAUUAUGUUAAAACAAAAAGCAGAAUUUGUUCUUUAGUUUCACCUGUAAUUGUUUUAUAUACAAUAAUUUGACCGUGUUGAUUUAUUUAGCGUGAACUAUAUUGUUAUUGAAGUAUUUAAAGAGAUGUAAAAUGACCAAUAUGUUCCAUGAUGUCAUGUAGGCGUUAGAGAAAGGCAGUGAUGCACGUGAGAGUAAGAAUGGAGGAAAAAAGGAAGACAGUCACUAUGAGGAAGUGACUGUCACAAGAAGUACAUCAUGCAGUUAUUUUGAGAAAGCCACAGGUUUUGAGACUUUUAAAGAUUGAGCACACAAAGGAAAGAAAUGUAGAGAUGCAUGAUGGUUUAAGUCAGGUGGAGUCAAACAUUGUUGUGUAUCAUCAUCCUUAAAGACCUUGAUUGUGUGAUUUGGCUUUGGCACACGGAUUACAUGAGCAACACGGAUAAGGAGUAACAUUUGAUUGCAGGACUUUUACUUAUAACAGAGUAUUCCCAAACUCUGGUACGUCCUUUCCCCCCCCCCCCCUUAAAUAUAAGAUCUGAGUACUUCUUCCACCUCUGAUUAUAUAUGUACAUAAUAACAUCCCGAUUAUUGUUGGAACCUAAGAAGCACAAGCUUAUAAGUAGCAGCCAGUAGUAGUAAUACAUCAAUAAAGGUCCAUUAUUUUAUCUUCUUAACGCUGUUAAUGUUUCUCUUUUCUGUAAAGCACUUUGAAUUGCCUUGUGUUGAAACGUGCUAUAAAUAAACCUGACUUGCCUUGCCCA